GAUGCGAUCACCAGGUCUAUCAGUGCUAAUUCCUAUCGAGUAUCGAGGUGGAUCGCUAGUUGACAGCUUGUCAUAGAGGGCCAAGAUGUCGUCCGAGUACCCUUCGUUCUUCACGAGCGAGGAGAUGUCGCUCGUGCAGAUCUACAUACCCUCAGAGACAGCACACUCCACGAUCUCAGAGCUGGCGGAGCUUGGCGUUGUUCAGAUCAAGGACCUCAAUCCAAGCGUAUCGUCUUUCCAAAGACCUUUCACUCCGCGUCUUCGGCGACUUGCGGAAGCAGCCAGGCGGUUGAGACUUUUUGAAGGUCAGAUCAAGUCUUUGUCACCGCCGUUGGGGAUCCCGCCGCUCAGUGCGAUCCCUCCUUUCCCCACUGUUGGACCUCGGGCUCAGAACGCAUACGAUGAGCUGGAAGAGAGGCUUAAAGAGCACGAGAAGAAGCUGAGCGACAUCAAUCGAUCAUUCGAGGAACUCAGCAAGCGUCGUGGUGAAUUGGAAGAAAAGUCUAGCGUUCUCAAGGAAACGGCAGGCUUCUUCAACGAGGCAGAGCACCGACACACUGAGAUUCGCACUUCAUUCGACGAUGGCGAUGGCACACAGCCACUGUUGGAACACGCGGCGGAGUAUGGCACUCUGCCAGGCGAUUCCGGUUUGAGCGGGUUCGACCUCGAGUUCGUCUCUGGCACCAUCGAAAGAACCCGAAUGCCCACAUUCGAGCGCAUUCUUUGGCGAAUCUUGCGUGGUAACCUGUACAUGAACUAUGCAGAGAUCGAAGAGCCCUUCGUCGAUGCUACGUCCGGGAAGGAAACCGUCAAAGACGUUUUUAUCAUCUUUGCUCACGGUGCCGAGCUGCUUGGGAAAAUUAGAAAGGUCUCCGAAUCGAUGGGUGCGACGUUGUAUACCAUCGACUCGUCUCAGGACAAGCGGGCAGACGCGCUUAGAGAAGUCAGCACUCGACUCGAGGACACGGAUCAAGUCCUCAACAAUAUCAAUCAGACCCGCCGAGUCGAGCUCAGCAAGAUCGCCGAGAACCUCGAGGCAUGGAAGGAUGCUAUUCGUCGAGAAGAAGAGGUGUACAAGACGAUGAAUCUGCUCAGCUACGAUCAAGGUCGAAAAACAUUGGUGGCGGAAGCAUGGUGCCCGACUCGAGACCUCACCAAUAUCCAGCUUGGACUUCGACGAGCCAUGGAGACGGCGGGCACGUCCGUGCCUGCUAUUCUGUCCGAGCUCAGGACUCAUCAAACACCCCCAACGUAUUUCCAGACGAACAAGGUCACCGAGCCUUUCCAGGCCAUGAUGGAUGCGUAUGGUAUCCCGACAUAUCAAGAAAUCAGCGCUGGAACCAUUGCCGUUGUGACCUUUCCAUUCCUUUACGGUCUCAUGUUCAGCGAUACCUUCCACGGAUUCUUGGUCCUGUUGACGGGAGCAGCUCUGAUCUUUUACGAGAAAAAGCUCAGUCAGAAGAAAUUGGAUGAAAUGCUCGGAAUGCUAUUCUUCGGACGGUACAAUCUCUUACUCAUGGGUAUCUUCUCGAUGUACGCAGGUUUCAUGUACAACGACUUCGCUUCCAAGUCGGUGACUAUAUGGCAAAGUGGAUGGGAAUGGCCCGAGGAUGCCAAUGGAACGGUUGCUGCGGAAAGCACCGGCAAGGUGUAUCCCUUUGGGUUGGACCCUGCUUGGAAUGGCGCCGUCAACAGCUUGCAGUUUACCAACAGUUUGAAAAUGAAGCUCGCCAUCGUCAUCGGAGUUCUACACAUGACCUUUGGUAUCUGUCUCCAAGUACCCAAUCACAUCCGAUUCAAGCAACGAAUCAGCAUCUACGUCGAAUUCAUCCCCCAGAUUCUCUUCCUCUGGUCCAUCUUUGGCUACCUGAUCGUGCUCAUCAUCGCCAAGUGGGCUACAGAUUGGUCAAAGUCAGCGACCGGCCCACCAGGGCUGCUCAAUCUUCUGAUCGGAAUAUUCUUGUCCCCAGGCACGGUUGAUCCAGCGACUCAGAUGUAUCCAGGACAGGCGUUCGUUCAAGUCACUCUACUCUUGAUAGCCGUCGCUUGUGUGCCGGUCCACCUUCUUGGCAAACCAUACUUCCUCUAUCGCGAGCAUCAACGGGUCGUAGGUCAAGGCUAUCGUGGCCUCACUGGGCAAGAAAACGGACAUCCCACCUCGGACGUGGACGAAGAUGAAGAGGAUGGAGUUGGACAGGCCGUCGCAGAUGAAGGCCACGAGGAGCAUCCCUGGGAUUUUGCCGACAUCAUGGUACACCAAGUCAUCCACACUAUUGAAUUCUGCCUCGGCUGUAUCUCCAACACUGCCUCCUAUCUCCGACUCUGGGCGCUAUCGCUGGCUCAUUCGCAACUGUCCGACGUUCUGUGGACCAUGACCAUCGAGAAGGCUUUCCUUUUCGAAGGGGGCAUUGUCGUACAAAGCGUUUUCAUUUUCUUCAUGUUCGCAAUGUGGCUCGCCUUGACAGUUUUCAUCCUGUGUUGCAUGGAAGGGCUCGGAUCGUUCCUUCACGCUGUCAGGCUUCACUGGGUCGAAUUCAACUCGAAAUUCGCCAUGUGUACCGGAAUCGCAUUCCAGCCGCUCUCUUUCGCGUUUGAAGACGAUGAUGCGGAUGCCUAGAAAGUGUCUCACGCAUCUCGACCGUCGUCUCAUAGACCAUGCAUAAGAUUACCCGUGA